GGACCCUUCCAGCCAGUGACUGUCAGCUGCUCUCAUUCCCUCUGCUUCUGCAAAGGAUGAUGAAGCCAGAACUGACUUUCCAGUGCCAGGACUAUUCUUCCUUUUGCAUAUUCCAAACGGGAGCUUUGCACAUGUGCCUCCAGAACUAAUUGUCUGGGAUCUGUCAGGAAUGCUGCAGGAGAGGGGCGUAUUUCAUGCUGAAACCCAGAGAAGAGCCACGCAGUCCUCGGUGGGUGAAGGUUGGCAGUCCCAGCUGGGAGAGAGAGUCCCAUUAUUUCCCAGCUAUAGAGACAUCCCUGCCGUUCGCUUGUUCUGCCUGGAUGCACGGCACGCCUGGCUGAGAGCUCCAGACAGAGUUCUGCAGGAAAAUUGUCAAGAGCCUGAGACAUUUCCCUGUAAGAGCUAAUCUUGAAAUACUGACUGGAAGAAAGACACUUUUGCCUGUUGUUUGUAUGGGAGAAAUUUUGACCUUAGAAAGUGGAAAUGAGGUUGCUAUGGAAACUGGUAAUUCUGCUGCCACUCACACAGGCUUGUGCAGGUGAGGGUCCUCUGAGCCCCCCUACUUUCACCCAGGAGCCACAGGAUGUCAUCUUCCCCCUGGAUUCAUCCCAGUCUGAAGUCAUCUUGAACUGUGCUGCCCACGGCUCCCCUCUACCUCACUAUAGGUGGAAGCAGGACGGCACUGAUAUUGAUUUUACCAGGAGUUACCGCCAUAGACUGGACGGGGGCCACCUGGUGAUAAGCAGUCCCCACACGGACCGAGAUCUGGGCACGUACCAGUGUCUGGCCACCAACCUUCUGGGGACCAUCCUGAGUCGAAAGGCCAGGCUCCAAUUUGCAUAUCUUGAAGACUUUGAAUCGAGAAGCAGAAGCAUGGUGUCAGUGCGGGAAGGCCAAGGUGUGGUACUCCUCUGUGGUCCUCCAUCCCACUUUGGAGAAGUAACUUAUGCGUGGACCUUCAACGAGAGUCCCCUGCACGUUCAGGAGGACAAGCGACGCUUUGUGUCCCAGCAGACAGGGAACCUCUACAUCGCCAAGGUGGAGCCCUCGGACGUGGGCAACUACACCUGCUUUGUCACCAACGAGGACGCACAGAGGACCGUGCAGGGGCCCCCCACGCCGCUAGUGCAGCGCACUGAUGGUGUGAUGGGGGCAUAUGAACCAAAGAUUGAAGUGCGUUUUCCUGAAACUAGACAAGCUGCAAAGGAUUCAUCUGUAAAACUGGAAUGCUUUGCCCUUGGAAAUCCAGUCCCCGACAUUAGCUGGCGGAGGUUGGAUGGAAGCCCGCUACCAGGGAAAGUCCAGUACAGCAAAUCCCAAGCUACCCUUGAAAUCCCGAACUUUCAACAGGAAGAUGAAGGCUUCUAUGAGUGCACGGCAGGCAACCUCCGAGGACGGAACCAGGCCAAGGGGCAACUUGUCUUCUAUGCCCCUCCAGAAUGGGAGCAAACAAUCCAGAACACAUACCUGUCUAUCUACGACAGCUUGUUUUGGGAAUGCAAAGCGAGGGGCAAACCCAGCCCAUGGUACACUUGGUUAAAGAAUGGUGAACGCCUCAGUCCAGAGGAGAGAAUUCAGAUAGAAAACGGAACCCUGACCAUCCCCACCCUGAAUGUGUCCGACUCUGGGGUCUACCAGUGCACCGCAGAGAAUAAACAUCGGGUCAUCUAUGCUAAUGCAGAGCUGAGAGUGCUAGCCUCAGCUCCCAGCUUCUCCAAACGCCCAGUGAGGAGAGUGUCUGUGGUCCAGGUGGGGGGGGACAUCGAGAUCCCAUGCCAGCCCAGCGCCUUCCCUGCAGCAGCCAUCACCUGGAAGAGGGGCCCCGAGCCAUUGAGACCCAGCAGCAGGGUGCAGCUAGUGGGGGACGGCUGCCUCAAGAUCCACAACAUCACCAGGUCUGAUGCCGGGUCCUACACAUGUGUCGCCACCAACCAGUUUGGCGUUGGGAAGAGCACUGGAAUCCUUGUCGUAAAAGAGCGAACUGUGGUCACGGUUCCACCUUCCAAUGUGGAUGCCACAGUUGGAGAGAGCAUUGUGCUUCCCUGCCAGGUGUCCCGGGACCCCUCCAUAGAGGUGGCCUUUGGAUGGUCUUUCAACGGGCAUGCCAUCGACUUAAGGAAAGGAGGGGCUCACUUUGAGAGGAUUGGAGGAGAAUCUGUUGGGGAUUUGAUGAUAAGAAAUAUUCAGUUAAAUCAUUCUGGAAGAUACGUGUGCUCAGUGAAAACAACACUAGAAAGCCUCUCUGUGGCCGCUGAUAUCAUUGUCAGAGGUCCACCCAGCCCCCCCCAGGGUGUGAAGGUGGAGCGUGUGUCCAGCACCACCUCAGAGCUGAGCUGGAGGCCCGGCCCUGACAACAACAGCCCAGUCCAGAUCUUCACGGUGCAGGCGAGGACGCCCUUCUCUGUGGGCUGGCAGGCUGUACCCACAGUUCCAGAAAUUCUCAACGGCAAGACGUACAAUGCCACCGUGGUUGGCCUGAGCCCCUGGGUGGAGUAUGAAUUCCGUGUCCUUGCUGGGAACAGCAUCGGAAUUGGAGAGCCCAGCAAACCAUCGGAAUUGCUCCGAACCAGAGCAUCAGUCCCUGCUGUGCCACCAACGAACAUUCAGGGAGGAGGAGGAAGCCGCUCAGAGCUGGUUGUCACCUGGGAGCCCGUCCCAGAGGAGCUGCAGAAUGGAGAGGGCUUCGGCUACCUCCUCGUGUUCCGCCCUGUGGGCUCUGUCUUGUGGACCAGGGAGCGGGUGCCUUUGGCGGAGUCCUCCAAGUUCGUGUACCAGAAUGAGAGCGUCACUCCGCUGUCCCCCUUCGAAGUCAAGGUGGGGGUGUACAACCAGGAAGGAGAGGGUCCCCUGAGCACCGUGUGCAUUGUUUACUCCGGCGAGGACGAGCCUCGGCUGGCCCCCAGGGGGACGUCUGUCCAGAGUUUCUCUGCGUCUGAGGUGGAGGUGUCCUGGGAAGCCAUUGCGUGGAACAGGAACACUGGCCGUGUGCUGGGCUACGAGGUCUUGUACUGGACAGAUGACCCCAGGGAGUCUGUGGUUGGGAAGAGCAGGGUCAGCGGUAAUAUCACCACUAAAAACAUCACGGGACUGCGAGCCAACACUGUCUACUUUGCCUCCGUGCGCGCCUACAACACAGCCGGCACAGGACCCGCCAGCACCCCCGUCAACGUCACCACCAAGAAGUCCCCUCCAAGCCAACCGCCAGCUAAUAUUGCCUGGAAGCUGACGAACUCUAAGUUGUGUCUGAAUUGGGAGCAUGUCAAAACCAUGGAAAAUGAGUCGGAAGUGCUGGGCUACAAGAUUCUCUACCGGCAAAACAGGCAGAGCAAAACACACAUCCUGGAAACUAACAACACCUCCGCCGAGCUCCUGGUCCCCUUCGAAGAAGACUACCUAAUCGAGAUCAGGACCGUGAGUGAUGGCGGGGAUGGGAGCAGCAGCCAGGAAAUCCGGAUCCCCAAAAUGUCAAGUUUGAGUUCCAGAGGCAGCGGAGGCCUUCCGGCCCUGGAAGCCAGCACCUGCUCUCUUUUCAUUGCCAUGCUGAUUUUUUACCGUUUUGUUAUCUGGCUGCUCAUAUGAUGAAUCAGACCAUCAAUCUUGAGACAUUUUUUUUUUAAAGCAAACCAUUCUGUAAAUAUGUUCUCCAGCCAUACUGCAAAGUACAUUCUUAAUACAGACUUGUUUGGAAAGAAAAUAAUGUAUAUUAUUAAGAUCUUGUAAAUACCUACGGUACGUUAAUAAAAACAAUUUUAAACACUUUUGAA